GUAGCUUUGCAAAAACACUGAUAAAUCGGAACACAGUACACCGCAGGAUAGCCCAAGUACUCUUAACAAAAGUUACUCCUAAAUUCUGGAAUCAACGGCUGAACGCAUGCACUGUGGGUAAGAUCCGGGGUUUGGACAGGAUGAACGCCAAUUUCCAAGAUGGCGGCGGAGGGAGGAGGGAAGGAGAUGAACGAAAUUAAAACUCAAUUCACCACUCGGGAAGGUGUCUAUAAACUCCUCACUCACUCCGAAUACAGCCGCCCAAACAGGGUGCCUUUUAACUCACAGGGCUCGAAUCCAGUUAAGGUAUCAUUCGUUAAUGUGAACGAUCAGUCCGGUAACGGCGACAGAAUCUGUUUCAAUGUGGGCCGGGAACUGUACUUUUAUAUUUACAAAGGCGUGAGAAAGGCAGCAGAUCUUAGCAAGCCUAUAGACAAGAGGAUAUACAAAGGAACGCAGCCCACGUGUCAUGACUUCAACCCCCUCACUGCCACGGCGGAGAGCGUGUCCCUGCUGGUGGGCUUCUCUGCCGGACAGGUACAGCUCAUCGACCCCAUCAAGAAGGAGACCAGCAAGCUCUUCAAUGAGGAGAGACUAAUAGACAAGUCUCGGGUGACGUGCGUGCGGUGGGUCCCUGGUUCUGAGAGCCUGUUCCUGGUGGCCCACUCCAGCGGCAGUUUGUACCUGUACAACGUGGAGCACACCUGCGGCACCACGGCGCCCCACUACCAGCUCCUAAAGCAGGGCGAAAGCUACGCCGUGCACACCUGCAAGAGCAAGUCCGCCCGCAAUCCCUUACUCCGCUGGACUGUGGGUGAGGGGGCGCUCAACGAGUUUGCCUUCUCGCCGGACGGUAAGUUCCUGGCCUGUGCCAGCCAGGACGGCUUCUUGCGGGUGUUUGGCUUCGAUGCUGCGGAGCUCCACGGAACCAUGAAGAGCUAUUUUGGCGGGCUGCUGUGUGUGUGCUGGAGCCCAGACGGACGGUACAUCGUAGCGGGCGGCGAGGACGACCUGGUGACCGUAUGGUCGUUCUCAGACUGCAGGGUGAUCGCAAGGGGUCACGGUCACAAGUCGUGGGUGAGCGUGGUGGCGUUCGAUCACUGCACGACCAGCGUGGAGGACAGCGACCCGCCGGCUGAGUUCAGCGGCAGCGACGAGGAAUUCCACGAGCAGAUCCAUUUCGGAGCGGGUAGAGACCGGGCCAACAGCAGCCAGUCACGCCUCUCCAAGAGGAACUCCACAGAUGGGAGGCCGGUCAGCGUGACCUACCGGUUUGGCUCAGUGGGGCAGGACACACAGCUGUGCCUGUGGGACCUAACAGAGGACAUUCUCUUCCCCCAUCUCCCCCUGUCCCGUACCAGAACUCACACUAACGUCAUGAGUGCCACCAGCCCCCCUCCUGCCACUGGGGUGACUGUUGCUACCACCACCACUACGACCACCACCACCAACUCCACCAUCUCAAAUCCCUCCGGCACAAACGGCAACAACAGUGUAAGCAGUAGUAGUAACAGUGGCAACCCCGCUAACUCCCUCCCUGCCCCCCUCCCUCGCUCCAACAGCCUGCCACACUCCUCCAACCCAGCAGGGGGCAGCACCCCCAACAGCCACACCGGGAGCAGCGGCAGCAGUACGAAGGGCGGCAGCAUCAUCGACAGCGCCUUCAUCGCCACGGGCGUCAGCAAGUUCGCCACGCUGUCGCUGCACGACACGCGCAAGGAGCGCCACGAGAAGGACCACAAACGCAACCACAGCAUGGGCCACAUUAGCAGCAAGAGCAGCGACAAGCUCAACCAGCUGAGCUCGGCACGGACGGCCAAGGCAGACGCCGCUAAGACUCUGGGCACCCUGCUGUGCCCGCGCAUGGAGGACGUUCCUCUGCUGGAGCCCCUGGUGUGUAAGAAGAUCGCUCACGAGAGACUCACUGUGUUAAUCUUCCUGGAGGACUGUCUGGUCACAGCCUGUCAGGAGGGCUUCAUUUGCACAUGGGCCAGGCCGGGGAAAGUGGGUUUACUAUCAUCCCAGAACCCAGCCAACUCCCCCAGUGGGACAGUAGUAUAGCCCUGGCUCCUGCUGCUGCUGCUUAACCUAGCUCCAUUGCACAGAGACGGGAUCACCCAGACCCAGGCCCUGCAGCGCUGCUCUUCACUCUCACAUCAUCAUCAUCACCCCCAUCAUCAUCACCAUCAUCAUCAGUGUGAUUCCCACCUCCCAUGCUCUGAUUGGGUUCCUUUUCAUGUCCAGAUAGCUGUGACUGUGUAUGGUAGUACCAACACGCUGUCUGACAAGUGGGGAAAGGAUGUGAGAGAUGCAAGCUUGAACAGGUCUUGGAGAUUUUUACUGUUUCGUUUGAUCAGGGAUCUGAGCAGGCUGCUUUCAGUUUGCUUCCACCUUGGUUCUAAUCAGCUUGUGUCCAGCUUAGUCUGAAAACAACCUGUGGCUUCCUUUCCACGUGGGGACUGACCUGAAGGAAAUUGGACAGGGGUAAGCGCAGUGUGGGGAAGGCUUUAUCCAGGUCGACAACAGGGUCCUAUGUGGGAACUUCUGCCAUAUUUUAUACACAUCUCUUGUACCUGGCUUCUUCCAAACAAACCGCACAGGACGUAAGGACAGGCAGGUUGUUGUCAGAAUAGGCUCUAGUCUCUCGUCUGGUCUUUCCUCUGGUCUCUCCUCUGGUCUCUCCUCUGGUUUCUCCUCUAGUCUCUCGUCUGGUCUUUCCUCUGGUCUCUCCUCUGGUCUCUCCUCUGGUUUCUCCUCUGGUCUCUCCUCUGGUCUCACCUCUGGUCUCACCUCUGGUCUCUCCUCUGGUCUCUCCUCUGGUCUCUCCUCUGGUCUCUCCUCUGGUUUCUCCUCUGGUCUCUCCUCUGGUCUCUCCUCUGGUCUCUCCUCUGGUCUCUCCUCUGGUCUCUCCUCUGGUCUCUCCUCUGGUCUCUCCUCUGGUCUCUCCUCUGGUCUCUCCUCUGGUCUCACCUCUGGUCUCUCCUCUGGUCUCUCCUCUGGUCUCUCCUCUGGUCUCUCCUCUGGUCUCUCCUCUGGUCUCUCCUCUGGUCUCUCCUCUGGUCUCACCUUCCUGACUGGCUCUGAUACAGCUCGAUCUCACGCUCACAGAUAAGGGAGUCAUUUGCUUCCUUUUCCAAGACAAAAAAAAAGGCUUUUGAAAAUCUCAAUCAGAAUAUCAUAGCUUGAGUAUUUUGCACUGAUUUUUCUUGUUCUGUAAUUUUCUGUUUCUUUUUAUUUUUUAAUUCAUUUAAGUAUGACGGGACAUAACGUUUUCUUUUCUUUUUUCGAAGAAGGCCUUGGAUGCACUUGGGAUUAUGACGUCAUCCCCCUCUGUCUGAACUCUGGAUGCUGCAAUCAUAGGUUUUUUUUAAAGAAAGAAAAAUAAGAUAAAAUUGUUUGCACUUAAUAGUUUAUUAGAAGAGAAUGGCUUUACAAUUUUGGAGUGUGCAAGGACUCCCUGACAAGGUUGGAAUAUAAAUAGAAUAAAAACCUUUGUAUCUAUUGAACAUUUAUUUUAAUAUUGUUUCAGAUUAAAAUGGGCUCUGUAUUAUAUAUGUAAAUAUUGUACUUCAAUGAUUUAUGGGUGAAAUGAUCAUUAUUUCUAGUUGGAAGUUCCUCAUUUCAGAAAAUAGUGAUAUUUCUAAUGCAGAAAAUAUAUACAUAAUAAUAUUAAAAUGAAUCUUGAAUAUGCAGGUUAAUGUUUCUUUUCUGUUGUACAUAAAGAAAAUUCAGGUGUAUUUUUCUUAAUGAAACAUUUGGUAUAGGAGAUGUCUAUAAAAUCCUCUUAACUAAUAGGUAGUGCUGAGCGCUAGCUAGCCUGUGGCUGCAGGGUCCUCCAGGUAGGCAGGAAGGCCGAAGUGCAGCCGUCUAACUCAGCCAUCACUCAGAGCUCAGGUAAACCACAGAAGACUAAGACUGACAUAGUCCCUUCACCCAUUAGCACCAGUGCAUUGACAUGUGUGAAUAACUCACUCACCUACAUAACCAACCAGACUGGUCCGGUGUUGCGUCAUGGGGGUGGAGGUCAUGGGUGCUAUGAGGAACGAUGAUGGGGACUCAUGUCGUCAUUGUGUGAACUGACUGACACUGUUGAUAAAACGUCAGUACUUGAUGGUAAGGGUGCUUGGAUCCAGCAAGUACUCAGAGCACCCACAGAGGAGGGGUGUGAGGAUUCUAACAGUGGGAGCUUUUUUCCUCCAUGUUAUAUCUAUUAAACAGCUUUGACAGAC